UCGAAGGCGGAACGCACUUGCGCGCUUAUCAAACCUGAUGCGUUUGCGGCCGGGUAUAAGGAUGCAAUAGUGGAGCGGAUAUUGGCAGAAGGCUUCAAGAUCGUGAACAGCAAGGACCUUAUGUUAACGACGAAACAGGCAGAGGAGUUUUAUGAGGAACAUCAGGCGAGGAGCUUUUACCGAGAGCUGGUGGAAUGGAUGAGCACGCCAGAUCAACCGAUUCACGCGAUGGUGCUGGAAAGGGAGAACGCUGUGAAGGCUUGGCGGGAGCUCGCCGGACCCACCAACUCCGCGAAUGCCAGGAAGGUCGCCCCACAGAGCAUCCGAGCUUUGUAUGGAACCGACAGCUCCAAAAACGCUGUGCAUGGGUCGGAUAGCCUUGAAUCUGCUCAACGCGAGAUUCGCAUCAUAUUU